AUGGCCGACAAAGAUCUGACAUUGAGAAAGGUGGUUAAAGAAAUUUUCCCCACCUGUAAACUAUUGAUUUGUUUAUUUCACACACUACGUAGUUUUAAGCGUGAAAUUUCUAACCAAUCAUUUAAUUUACGAGAAUGCCAACAAGUGGUAUUAAAAGAACUUUUUCAGAAAAUGUGUUACAGCAAAACGGAAAGUGAAUAUCGUGAACAAUACGAUCUAUUUAUGAAGGCUGCUCCAGAAAUGGUUCAAAGCUACUUUACAGAGAAUUGGCACGAUAUAAAGAAUGAGUGGGUUUUAGGUGAUGUCCUUAAUGUCAAUAGCUUCCUAAAUACGACGAACAAUAGACUUGAGAGCUUAAAUGGCAAACUCAAAUCUGUCAUUAAGUUGUACAGUCCGUUAGAAGACUUUAUUGACGGUUUUUUCACGGUUUUGUACUCCUUAAGGAACGAACGAGAUCACAAAGCUGCAUCAACAUUACUCAAGCGCAAAGUAAUACCAUUUAAUAUUUCAACCCCUCAAUACCAAUAUUCAAAUUUGUUAACAAGUUACGCCUUAAAUUUUGUGCUGAACCAAUUAAAAGAAAUGAAAAAUGUCGGAAAUGUUCAUAAAGAGGGGACAGUUUUCAAAGUUCGUGGUGAAAUGCAUUUAAAUGUCAACACAAAUUCGUGCACAUGCAGUUUUACAACCUCGAUGCUGUUACCCUGUCGGCACAUAUUUGUUGUACGAGAACUUGAAGGUUUACCUCUUUUUGACGAAAGUUUAUGCGCUGACCGGUGGACUAAUGAUUUUCAUAGAAAAACACAUCGGAUGUUUAUAUCAGAAAAUUUUACAUUUUGUCCAUCACGGUUAUAA